CACCUCAGUGACCAUUGGGAACAUUCAAUAUAAGGAAAGGGGUGUUCAUAGCUGGAAAAAAUUUUAACAAUUAAAUAUUUAUCUAAGAAGACCUUUACUUGAGUUAAGUUGACAUACUACUAGUAACUUGUAUCACAUUAAUAUUGCUUUCUAACUUGACGUCACCCCAUCUAGCACAUGUAGUGAUUGUUUUUCCGAUAUUUUGCAUGAUGCAGAAAGCGAUACCCAAUGCUGUGAAUGGUUUCUUCCAAACGACUGGACGUUGACCUUUGUGUACUUCUCGUUCCCAGGAGUGGGGACGAGAGUGGGUAGAAUUUGUUUAGUCAUACUCUGCAAGGGCAACUCGCACGUACGCAAAGGUGCACUAUAAACCGGCGGCUAUAACAGGAACCUGCACUUGCUAACGGGAGUGUUUCCGUGCCAGAGGAUCGUCAAGAUGGCUACGGCAGGGAGACGGGCUCUUGCGGGGCUCCUGAGAAGCGUGAGCUCGGUGCAACGGUGUCGAACCGAGCUCCGCCCCUCCCCCUUUCUCCUGCACUGUAGAGGACUUUGCGCCGGGGAAACAAGAUCUCAUCCAAGCCUUGUAUUCCGCCAGCUCUUCGACCAGACCAGCUUCACCUACACGUAUGUUUUGGGUGACCGCGAGUCCGGAGAAUGCGUCCUGAUAGACCCAGUGAUGGAAAUGGUUGACCGGGACACUCGGGUCAUCUCGGAGCUCGGCCUCCGGUUGACCUAUGCCCUGAACACACACGUGCACGCCGACCACGUAACAGGUACCGGCGAGCUCAAGAAGAGAUCGGCGGUGAAGAGUGUCAUCGCCAAGGUGAGCAAUGCGGUAGCAGACGUCCAGGUAGACGAGGGGGAUACGGUCAAGUUCGGUCAGUUCGAGCUGGAAGUCCGCAGCACCCCAGGCCACACCGACGGAUGUCUCACCUUCGUGUUGAAAAAUCAGGGUAAAGCGUUUACCGGUGACGCGCUGCUCAUCCGCGGGUGCGGCCGCACGGACUUCCAGCAAGGCGACCCCGGGAGGCUCUACGACUCCGUGCACGGGAAGAUCCUCGCGCUCCCCGACGACACGCAGUUGUACCCUGCGCACGACUACACCGGCCAGACGGUCACCACCGUCGCAGAGGAGAAGAAGUUCAACCCGAGACUGUCCAAACCAAAGGCGGAGUUCGUACAGCUCAUGAACGAGCUGAAGUUACCGUACCCCCGCCUGAUCGACAUGGCAGUGCCGGCCAACAUGGUCUGCGGGCUACAGGAACUCAUGAAGUGAUGAUGAUUUGUGAGAACAAUAGUGCCACGCCUCCACCACGCCUCGGACACACCUUUCUUAUAAACCAAUCAGCCAGGUGGAUUAACGUUAUACGAAAUGUCAGAAACUUUGAUUGACAACUUUUGAACUACCGAGGGCUGUUUGACAAUAAAUAGGUGAAUGGCUACAGCCUAGAGUAAAACAAGCAGGAUUUAUAAUUAAUAUUUAGUGCUUGAAUGAGGCAAUUGACGAUUUUUUUUACUCAUACACUGGCAAAAAUUAUUUGUGGCGUUUCCAUACAAAGUGCAUUCUAGGCCAAAACAAAGCAGUGUAACUGUACCCCCAAAUGCGCGAAUGACUCAGCAGAAUUGGUUUGCAAAACAGCUUCCUCAUACCGUAACAGUAAAUGCUUGUUGACGGCUGUUGUGACUGCGUAAUUCAGUAGCCGACCUUGAAAGCGAAAACAUGUACCGAGGGACCGAUCAGGAAUGACCUUAGCGGGUUUCCCUUUGUCUCCAAGCAGAGGUAAGAAAGGGAUCGACCAGGUAUGACCUGAGCGGAUAGGUUCUUAUCCCCAAGCAGAUGCUAUAUGCAAGAAAGGGAUCGAUCAGGAAUGACCUGAUUGGGUAUCCCCUUAUUUCCUAGUAGAUGUAAGGAAGGGGCCGACCAGGAAUGACAUGGGCGGGUAGUGCCGUAUCUCCAAGCAAAAGGAAAUAUAUUUUCUGACUACAAAUACUUUUAAACCAUAGCGUCUGUCUUUAAUGUCACGACCAGUGGAAGAGUAGCUCAACUUUUCAUUGCAUUCAGUUAAGCUUAAGUGGUUCAAGGUCACUUGCAAGGUCAUUUUUCAAGGUCAACAAUUCCUCCAUAUUCCCUCAUAUGCUGUGCCACUUUUUAUUACAGCCCCAAGUUUUUGCAGGUGCAUUCUUUGCCAUCCCAACUGAUAAUUUCGUGUCCAUCCCUGAUUAUUAUCAGACGUCUAUUUUCUCUAUUGAUUGGCACAGGCUAGCUGAUGGCGCCGAAACACCAGCUGUACAUUUUUCUGUAAGCCAUGUUCCGUUCUUAAUGAGAAAUGGUGGUGUACCUAUGACAGAAAACUUUACAUCUGGCCUGCACUUAAGUGAAAAUUACCCAAAUUUUCGACUGACAAUGAAUGGACCCGUCUGCUGCUAUUUCCGGGAUGUGACGUUUGAACCACGUAAUUGCAGCAAUGGGUCGUAAUUUCCAGAUAACCUGUGUCGCUCCCCGUCUCUGUUCAAGGUCGGAAGGUGAGCUCGAAUGUACGCAACCUCCUUAACGGGGGAUGGGCAGACGGGGGGCGACAUAGGUUAUCUAGCACUUACGAAUCGUUGCUGCAGUCACGUGGCUUCAACGUCACACAACAGAAAGAGAAGAAGACUAGUCCAUUCCGAAAGUUUGGGUAAGUCACAAGUUAAAGUGUUGGUUAGACAAGUGUGGUCUUAUUUCAUUGCUAAGUAUGUAAUUUAUCAGCACAUAUAACAUUCAGUGGUGUACCUACUUAAUGAAAAUGUGCAUCAUGGUCCACGAAUAACCUUGAGUGAACUGACCUCAUCUGUUUGUGAAUGUACUAGUAUUGCUGCUGACAGAAGAUGUCUUGGGGAACCAUACUACGUACAUACAUCUGAAAGUUCACUCAAAUUUCACUCUAUAUUCAAACGUUGUAAGGAAUAUUUUCUGAUUGUUGUAAUGUAUACUGCUAUAAGUAAAAGUGCCCUGUAAUCAAAAGACGUAGCUUUGGUACAAAAUAAAGUUAUAUCGAUCUAUAAA